UAUUCACUGCAUGGUAAAUGGUUUCAGAUAUCUGUAAUUAUUAUUAUUAUUAUUAUUAUUAUUAUUAUUAUUAUUAUUAUUACUGGGCCGUGUGUAACCUGUAAAUCGUCCCGUCUCUGACAGAGCGAGCAAAAUGUCAAUGACACUUACAAAUAUAUAAAUAUAUUUUGGCUAAAUUGUAAAUGUUGAAAAAAAAACACAAACCCCACACGACCGCCAAACACCGGAAACAGGUGAAAAUGAGUAUCACUGAAAACCGUUCGCAAAACAAGCUUGUUAAAGAGACGGACCCGGCACCUGGAUCUACUUCUUAGUUGUUUCUGCACGGACAUUUUACAGUGAAGUACAAAAGAAAAGAAAAGAAAGGAAAAGAAACGAAACAAGCCAGCCAGCCUGGAGUUUGCGAGCCCCGCAAUAAACAGCCGCUUCUGUGAUAUACACCGGGCUGUAAGCAGCCGCUUCUGUGAUAUACACCGGGCUGUAAGCAGCCGCUUCUGUGAUAUACACCGGGCUGUAAGCAGCCGCUUCUGUGAUAUACACCGGGCUGUAAGCAGCCGCUUCUGUGAUAUACACCGGGCUGUAAGCAGCCGCUUCUGUGAUAUACACCGGGCUGUAAACCGCUUCCUCUGCGCCGGGGCUUUGCUUGCAUGUCUUCGCAGGCGGCGAUGACGGAUCUGUACGACCAGGCGCUGCUGGGGAUCCUGCAGCACGUCGGGGACAUCCAGAAUUUCCUGCAGGUUUAUUUCGGGUUUCUCUACCGAAAAACCGACUUUUACCGACUGCUGACCAGUCCCGCCGACAAGAUGGGCUUCCCUCCGGGCAUAGCCGAGAAAAUGGUUCUGAAGACCUUCAAGGCGUUCGAGAGGGUGGCGCUGCAGGACCACGAGAGGAGUGUGCGGGAGGCGGAGGAGAGGCUGAGGAAACAGCAGCAGGAGGAGGAGGAGAGGAGAUCAGCUCCCCCUGUUGUGGGGGAGGAAGAGGUGGAAGUGGAGUCCACAGCAGAGGAGGUGCCAGCGACUGAACUGGAGCAGGAGAAACCAGUACAGGCAGAGCCCCAGUCCCACUCCCAGCCAGGAGAGCCGCUCGACCCUGCAGCCAGUGCCAGCGGCGGUCUUGACACCUCUGGGACACAAGGGGGCGCUGUCUCUGCCGAGCCACUCAUGCCAGACGCAGCCAAUCCAGAACAGGCUCAGGAGCUGUUCCAGGCAAACCCAGACAGCUACAAUGGAGCAGUGCGGGAGAACUACACCUGGUCCCAGGAUUACACUGACCUGGAGAUCAGGGUGCCCGUCCCCAAGGGCGUGGUCAAGGGGCGGCAGGUGUCGGUGGAUAUCCAGAGUGGCUCCCUGCGCGUGGCGGUGCUGGAGGGAGGCGGCGAGAGAGUGCUGAUGGAAGGGAGACUCACUCACAGGAUCAACACAGAGAACUCCCUGUGGAGCCUAGCCCCCGGGGAGUGCGUCCUGGUGAGUCUCAGUAAGGUGGGAGAGUGCUGGUGGCAGGCUGUGCUAGAGGGCGAGGAGGCGAUCGAUGUCAACAAGAUCAACCGUGAACGAAGCAUGGCCACCGUGGACGAGGAGGAGCACGCCGUGCUGGACCGGCUCACCUUCGACUACCAGCGCAAGCUGCAGGGCAAGCCACAGAGCCACGAGCUGAAAGUCCACGAGAUGCUGAAGAAAGGCUGGGAGGCCGAGGGCUCCCCUUUCAAGGGGCAGCAGUUUGACCCCUCCAUGUUCGACAUCCCGCAGGGGGCUGUGCAGUUCUGAUCCCGACCAGCGGGGGGGGGGGGGGGGGGGGGUGUAAGGGAGGUGGGUUUAGUUUCUGCUAUUUUUACAUAGUGAAUAGACGCACGUGGACUGGUUGCCAGGCGGAGCCCUGCUCACAGAGCUGUGAGGUUGUUGUUUUUUUUCAGUCAGUAUAUCUGUGUCAUUGAGAGACUGAAAAAGUGAAUCAAACCAGAUCCUUUUAUCACAGCGCUUUGCAAUUCCACUGCAGUGCUUUUUACAUUGCUUUGCAAAUCGGGGGAUAGCAGUGUGAUCCAGUCCUGGUUUCACUGGGAGUUUAAUAAUUUGACACACCUGAGCUUGUUAGUGAGACACACUGGGGCUGAUCAAGCUGGUAGUAAAACCUGGACUGGAUUACGCCGCUGUGCAAGAGGAGUCGUCUUUCUACGCCUAAUUCCAUCCUGGUUUAAUUUAUUGCUUCUUUGGUUUUCAUUUUAUUUUGUUUUCUGAUCUUCUUGCCUAAUAAUGUAAAGAGCCACAACACUGUAAAAAAAUAAUAAAAUAAAAUAAAGGCAUGUU